AUGCAAGAUGACUUGGAUGAGGUUCUAAAUAGAGAUUUUGGACCGAUAAAUAUUCAUGAUCCAGGGAACUGGAAAGAGAUUAACCAGAACUUGAGAGACCUUUUGGUAGAGCAUGGUCCUGUCAGAAGAAAUAACCUUGAUUUUAUUUUUCCCAAAGGUGCAGAAGCUAGAUGUUUUGAGCAUCACCACUUCAUAAGGCGUUUGAGUAAUGGGGAAACCGAAGAUAGAAGAUGGUUAGUAUAUUCAAAUGUUUUGGAUCGAGUUUUUUGUUUUUGUUGCAAAUUAUUCAAGCAAGGUGGACGCAAUUAUCAGCUGGAUACAAACGGCAGUAGAGAUUGGCAUAAUAUGGGUGCUAAGCUUUCACGUCAUGAGUUAUCUACUAGGCACUAUACUUCCAUGCAUAAAUGGAAAGAAUUGGAAAUUAGACUUCACAAGAAUGAAACUAUUGAUAAGGAGAUUCAUGAACAAAUCAAGAGGGAGAAAGAAUAUUGGAAACAAGUAUUGAUAAGAAUUGUUGCUGUUAUUAGAACCCUUGCUAAAAAUAAUUUGGCGUUCCGUGGAACAAACGACAAGGUUGGUGUAGCGAAUAACGGUAAUUUCUUAAGCUUUAUUGAAAUGAUUGCCGAGUUCGAUUUGGUAAUGCAAGAACAUCUUCGACGUAUUAAAAACCAUGAAGUUUAUCAUCAUUAUCUUGGUCCUUCAAUCCAAAAUGAAUUAAUCGCAUUGUUGGCACGUCAUGUGAAAGAUAAAAUUGUUCAGAAAAUUCAAGAAGCAAAGUAUUUUUCUGUAAUACUUGAUUGUACUCCGGACAUAAGUAAUGAAGAGCAAAUGUCUCUUGUCAUAAGAUGUGUAGAUGUGUCCACGUCUUCGACCAAAGUUGAGGAAUACUUUUUGGGAUUUGUAAAGGUGGACGACUCGACGGGAAGAGGACUUUUUAAUAAACUGGAAGAGCUCUUGCAGAACCUGAACCUUGAUAUUCGUAAUGUUAGAGGGCAAGGGUACGAUAAUGGAGCUAAUAUGACCGGAAAGAAUAAAGGGGUGCAAAAGAGACUACUAAAGGUAAAUCCUCGAGCUUUUUAUAUGCCAUGUGCUUGUCAUAGUCUUAACCUUUCACUUUGUGAUAUGGCCAGUUCAUGUCCUAGAGCAGUCUCCUUUUUCCAAGUGGUGCAACAUAUAUAUAACUUCUUCUCAGGAUCUACAAAACGUUGGACGGUGUUUAAGAAACAUGUAAAAGGUCUUACGGUUAAACCAUUAUCAGAUACUCGGUGGGAGAGUCAUAUAGAAGCUAUCAAAGCAAUCCGAUUUCAAGCUCCCGAAAUACGAGAUGCCUUAAUAGAGCUGUCGACUUCGGCUGAUUUUGAUGCGAAGACAAGGGGUACUGCUUAUUCCAUAUUGACACGAGAGAUUGAUAAUUUUGAGAUUAUACUUGGUAUGGUUGUUUGGCAUAGAGCACUACUUGCGGUUAACUCAGUGAGCAUUAAACUUCAAACCGAAGAUAUGAAUCUUGAUGAUGCCGUUACUAAACUAAAAGAUCUUGUUUCUUUCUUUAAGGAUUACAGAAGGAAUUGA